GCUCUCCUCUCUUUUGUUUGAUCUCGGGAAGCAAAUUCACACUUCUAGCUGAUGUUGAAGUUAAAAAAAAAAAAAACAGAACUUUUUGCAGUUCUAAGCACAUAUACUCCCUUGUUUGGAUGCCUAAAGUUUCAUCUUGGAGCCUGUACUUGGACCAUUCUGAGACAGGAAAUCCACAGCUAGUUCACUUCUUAAUUUCCGCAAAAUCGCAUAACCUUUCGCUUCCUUAAAUCCUCUUUCAGUCAGAUAAGUAAAAAUCAUCCUUGCAUCGUCUUUUUGGGAAUUCUUUCAUCGGCAUAGAAGUUGUCAUCAUGCAAGCCUUGGCAUUGCUGGUGGCAGUGCUAUCAGUGUUGCUACCGCAAGGUCUAGCAGCAGAAACUGCAACGACUUGCGCCGGCAUAGUCCCGAUGAGAAGACGGCGGGAGGUGAUAUCGAUAAGUGACUUCGGUGGAGUAGGAGAUGGGAAAACGCUCAACACCUGGGCCUUCCACAAGGCCAUAUACAGAAUCCAGCACGUCAGGAGAAGAGGUGGCACACUGCUCUAUAUUCCUGCAGGGAUAUGGCUCACGGGAAGCUUCAAUCUCACCAGCCACAUGACACUCUAUUUGGCUAGGGGAGCAGUCAUCAAGGCAACUCAGGAUGUAUGGAACUGGCCCUUGGUGGAUCCUUUGCCAUCUUAUGGAAGAGGAAGAGAGUUUCCUGGCAGUAGAUAUGCGAGCUUCAUCCAGGCAAAUGGGAUUCGCGAUGUCAUCAUAACAGGAGAAAAUGGAACAAUUGAUGGUCAAGGAGAGAUCUGGUGGAAUUUGUGGAAGCAGAAAAGACUUCUUCACACCAGACCACACCUGUUAGAGCUUAUGAACUCCAGGGAUAUCCUUGUUUCUAAUGUGGUGUUUCUCAACUCUCCUUUUUGGAACAUUCAUCCUGUUUACUGCAGCAAUGUAGUAAUAAAGCUUGUGACAGUGUUGGCUCCAUAUGACUCUCCGAACACUGACGGAGUAGAUCCUGAUUCGAGCUCAAAUGUCUGCAUUGAAGAUUCCUUCAUUUCGACCGGCGAUGAUUUGGUUGCUGUGAAGAGUGGUUGGGACGAGUAUGGAAUUUCCUAUGGUCGCCCAAGCUAUGGUAUUACAAUCCGAAGGCUCACCGGCACCACGCCCUUUUCUGGAUUUGCCAUAGGAAGUGAAACCUCAGGAGGUGUUGAGAAUGUCCUGGUUGACAACAUUAAUCUCUACAACGUUGGCACUGGAAUCCAUAUAAAGACUAACAUUGGCAGGGGAGGCUACAUCAGAAAUAUAACAAUAAACGAUAUCACCAUGAACACUGUUGGUAAGGCUAUCCAAAUUGCCAGUGAUGUUGGUGAACACCCUGAUGAGAACUUCAAUCCAAAUGCAAUUCCAAUGGUUGACGGGAUCACCAUCAAGAAUGUGUGGGGAAUGGAGGUCGAGCAGCCUGGCUCCAUAGAAGGCAUAAAGAACUCACCAUUUACAAAUAUAUGCCUCUUCAAUGUCAAGCUCUGGGGUGUUGGUGCCUCCCUGUGGAAGUGCACUGAUGUUAGUGGAGGUGCGCUCGGUGUCAAUCCCUGGCCUUGUCCUCAACUAACCAGCAGCUAUGCAACAAGCUCUUGCUGAAACAAAUUCUAGUGCUUCAUCAGUGUGGUUUAUAUGUUGAAACUCUGUGUUUGUCAUAUUUUUUUCCCCCUGCUCAGAUUUCAUCAGUGGAUGUUGGAUGUGGCUUUAAAGAUAUGAAUUACUAUGUAAAUGUUGAGAUAA